UAGACCAGAAAGAAUAGAACUAAAUCAGAAGAUUACGCCGAGUCCAUCUUCUUUCGACGUUUGACAAGGAGAGAACUUUCGUUCGUUGAUCAUUUGACGGUGUCGUAAUAAUUGUAUUCAAUACCAAGUCCAAGACAAACAGCAACAGCCUUAAAGUAACGAACUCAAAGCGAGGUGUGUGACAAAGACAGGGCCGGCCACUGGAGCAUGUACUAUCAUCGACGAGACCACUCCGAUCAAGAGGUCCCAUACAUGUACCCACAGUUAGAAUCACGAGCUUACCAAGUUGAACACAGAAAAAACGCCAUUCUACAACAACGAACCAAGAACGGCGAUACUUUGACAAUUGAUUCCCAAGAAUUAUUCCAAGAUUUGUCCCAGAUGCAGGACCAAUGGCUGACCGAAGUUCGUUCAUCGUACCCAGUGGCAUCGACAACAGCUGAUGAACAGUACGUACCAGAAAUGGAAGGCGUACGAAACCCCAAUAAAGAAGCGAGUUAUGUCACACACAUCAAGACCGAGCCGAGAGACCUAUGCGACCAGAGCCAGUCCACCGGUCUAACGAGCAUAUCUAGAGCGCAUAGCAAUUAUAAAAUGGAAAACGGUAUUGAAUCUAGUUCUUACAUGAAGAUGAUGAGCGAAGUUCACGCGCCCACUAAUUCCCCACUCGUCUAUACGUGCGGAACACAGCCAUCAAGUUUUCACUGUAUGAAGGCUUAUCGACAGCUUUACGACGGUAUGGCAACUUACGAAGCACAACCACCAGCUUAUCCGGGCGUUAAACAGGAACCCAUUGACUGCAGCCCGGUCAGUGACAAUCCUUACGAUCAAGAUCGCCUCCAAGGUCUAGCUGCCUAUCAUCACCAACCACACCAACAAGCAGAAUGCUACGGUCUUCAACCUACUUCCACUGAAGCAGCGGGAGUCUAUGGUGAUCCAAACCUUCACUCAUUCUACGACGAGCCACUACCAUAUUCUGAACGCUACAAGGAACAUUAUCAUAAAGAAUACAAAGAAUACUUGGAACAACACAAAGAAAUGAAAGACUAUAGAGAUGCGAGUCCAGAGUUCAAAGUGCCUAGCGGUGUCCCUUAUCCCGACAGCAGGACAUUUCAGCGUAGGGGCUCUCUACAACUAUGGCAGUUUCUCGUGGCCCUAUUAGACGAGCCCGAAUGUUCCUCGUUCAUCGCGUGGACGGGACGAGGACUCGAGUUUAAGCUCAUCGACCCAGAAGAAGUAGCCCGAAGAUGGGGCCUCCAGAAAAACAGACCGGCCAUGAACUAUGACAAACUAAGCCGUUCUUUAAGAUAUUACUACGAGAAAGGAAUAAUGCAAAAAGUGGCUGGUGAGCGAUACGUCUAUAAGUUUGUCUGUAGCCCAGAGGCCUUGUUCAGUAUGGCUUUCCCCGACUCCCAAAAACCGUAUAUCAAACCAGAAUGUCGGGAACCUAAACCAGUAACCCCUCAUUCAACCCAACAACUAGUACCAAUGCCUAAAGAUGCCUACAAGACACAUUAUCCACAGCAACACUACGUUGCGACGUCAACAAAUUGUUAUCAGGCAGAGUGGGACAUGGAUUCCGCUUGUGUCUACUGAUAAGGAUAAGCUACAUAUAUUUUAUAUAGAGAUAUAUUGAUAUAUGUGUAUAUAUAUAAUAGAAGUUUCAUUAUUUGUUUCAACUUGAAAAUCAGUGAUUUUUAUUGUAAAGAUCGAUGGAUUUCUUGAUAUUUGAACGGUCCUUUGGUUUUGAAUUUGUAUCAUGAGCCUCAGAACCAGAGUUUGCCUGACUAAAACGAAUCUAAGAAAAGUAAGAAUCUUGUGUAGAUUAUGAUAGAAUAAAAUAAUGUUCGCAAACUCUAAGGAAAUCGACAAAAAAUCUUAUUCAACCCGCGUUGCGUUAACUGUAGAGACUUGGAGAAACAUUUCCUUCAUCGAAAGGGAUUCUUGUCGAAUAAGAUGCGUUUUCUACGAACUAGAGUAGAAAGCUUUUCCAUCUAGAAAUAACGCAAUAUUCUGAAUUAACGAAUUGAGUUUUAGAAAGUUUCAGAGUAUAUAUGCUCGUUGUCUCUGAUAUACUCAGUUUAUUUCGCUACAUUUUGGAGAACUUAGUGUAGCAAGUGCGGUUAAAAUUAAGAAGCAAUUUUGCAGAAAAUUUUAAGGCUUGGUUGAAUCUGCAAAAAGCUUACUGAAUCCUUGGCAAUGAUCUAGGCUUUCGGGAUUAAGUUGAUUCAGAUAGCUGAGAAUUUGAAAACAAAUACUAAAUACACAUGUACAUAUAUAUACAUAUAUAUAUAUUCUUUAUACAUAUAUAUACAUAUAUAUGCUGUUAUAUAUACAUAUAUAUGUACAUAUGUGGGCCUGCGAGGCUGUAUGUAAAAUAACUGAAGAGAUCUAUCAAAUUAUAUGCCUGUACAAUUUUAAUUUAUAUUUAACAAUAAAUAAAUUAAAUCUUAUUAUUUUGAGACGAAAAAGUGAACAUUUUUUCUGACUAUUUUCAUGUCAGCCUCGAUUAUCAAACCAAAUCAAUAGUAUAUUUUUUGCUUUGAUUUAAAAAGAUCAAAGAGCUUUCUCAGUUUCUUGUAGACAGUCUUCACCUGGAUGAAUUAGAAAGUUAAUACUUGUGUAGUCAAAAUCAAGAAUGAUCUAAUUAGUCAAGUAUACUAGUCGCGCCAAAACCAGGUCACGUGAUACCUGUUUGGAUGGCUAAACGUAUUGAUAAUACAACCUAUUAUGGCCCUAAUCCCCCGAUGAUCAAUUUAAUAAGUAUAUCAUUUACCAUAAAAAAAUUUCGCUUCACGGAUUACACUAACAAAAAUAUUCACCAGCUAUCAACAUACUGGAUCGUCCGACAUUUUUCUUGAUAUUGACUACAAAGGUGUAUGGAAAGUACGAAUGAUCUUAAUCAAACAACUCACAAAUUCUAUUAAAUAUAUGAAUAUAUAGUUAUAAAAUAUUUUUAGGAAUAGGAGACAAAAUUUAUUGACAAGAAUUCAGAAGUUGUCAAAGGAAGAGAUGUAUGCUUCUUAUUUAGAUAGAGAUGUGUGGUGAUUGAAACGAUGGCUCGCCUCUAAGCGAGGGAGAGGUUAGUUUACUUUUUCAACUCGUUCUCAAAAAGCAGCAGCUUAUUAAGUAUGAAAAAAUAGUUGAAGUACAAACUUCUCGUUAAGAUUUACAUUAACUCACUACCGUCGACUGGUACUCCACUCAGCGAUGCACCAACUAGUCACGUGAUCGUUUCCCGCCAUAAAUGGACGGCCUUGUCUGGUCGUUUUUGACACUUGGAUUCAAAUAACAAAGACGAUUGUUUUCUCAGGUACAUCUUCAUUAUCUUAGUCUUGAAUCUUGAAUUCACACACUUUGGUCAUUCAAUAUGUCGGACAACUAUCACGUGACUCGUUAGCGCUUGCACAUCAUGUUCCCCGAUUAGUUUACAAGUAUAAGACUUAUUUUUCUAUAUGGGCCAUGAUGACUCUCUCGUCAUGGCCGUUGAUUGCCACUAUCAUUGAAUAUAUAGUACUUAUUUACCUAAAAAACACUAUCCUAAUGCAUAUUAUAACACAGCUAUCUAAGUAGUGAACAUUAUUAUCAUUGUUGUUAUUAUUGAUAUUGGAAACAAAGCAUACGUGUGUGAUUGGUCUUGAAUAAAGUUCAUCGGACUUAUUUACUUUGG